AUGGAGUUUUCUCUACCAGAUCUUAAUUUGCUUUCUAAUUCCAAUUUACAUGAGCCAUUACCCGAUCUUAUUCUUGAUAUAGUUGAGCCAUUGCCCGAUCUAAAUCUUCAUCAUGAAGAUGAAGUCGAUAUAUUUGAGCCAUUGCCCGAUCUAAAUCUUGGUCAAGUAGAUGAAUCUGCUCAUUUAUUUUAUGAUGAAGAUGAUAUAGUUGAGCCAUUACCCAAUCUCAAUCUUGCUCAUGAAAAUGAAUUUGCUCAUUUAUUUGAGGAUGAAGAUGAAGUUUUCCAGUUUGUUGAUGAAGAACCUGAUUUCAUGGGCGGUGAGGGUGAUCCAAAUUUCAGCCCAAAUGGAGGUCAAAUGUUAAGUGAUGGAACACAAGGUCAAAGCAAUAUUACUCGGACUUUUUUGGAUAAUUAUGAAAGGAAAGCCAUAUAUGACAUGCUUCUUCAGAAAAGUGUUAAUGGAAAGUUGAAAAAAGGAGUAACACAUAUGGUGGCAUCUCAUUUCUCUGUCUCAAUACGAGUGGUUCAACGCAUUUGGCAAUAUGGAAAUAAAAGUGGCGUAAAUGAUGCAUCUCACAAGAAGACAAGAAAUUGUGGGCGAAAAAGAGUCCAACUUGAUAUUGGACGUGUGCGUGAUGUACCUCUUCGUAAACGGACAACUCUUCGUUCCUUAGCAUAUGCUUUGGAAACAAAUGCAACCACAUUGUGGAGGCUUUUGAAGGCUGGAAAAAUAAAAAGACAUUCAAAUGCCAUCAAGUUUUCUUUGACAGAAGAAAAUAAGAAAUCUCGAAUACGGUUUUGUCUUUCAAUGCUUGAAAAUAGUAGCAUACCACAUGAUCCAAUCUUUAAGGGGAUGUAUAACAUUAUUUAUAUUGACGAAAAAUGGUUUUAUAUGACAAAAAAAUCCGAGACUUAUUAUCUAUUACCCGAUGAAGAAGAUCCUUUGCGCACUACUAAAAGCAAAAAUUUUAUUGGGAAAGUUAUGUUUUUGGCUGCAACCGCACGUCCAAGGUUCGAUUCAGAAGGAAAUGUAAUCUUCUCUGGUAAAAUAGGAAUAUUUCCUUUUAUCGAUAUACAACCAGCACAAAGGAGUAGUUCAAACAGACCUGCGGGAACAAUGAUCACGAAGCCAAUGACUUCGGUGACUAGACAAGUAAUAAAGGAAACAUUUAUUUCGAAACUCUUGCCGGCAAUUAAGAGACGAUGGCCAAGAGAGUUUGCAAGAGAGACAAUAUUUAUUCAACAAGACAAUGCAAGAACUCAUGUCGAUCCUAAUGAUCUAGAAAUUCGUCAAGCUGCUUCGGAACUUAGCCUCGAUAUACGUUUAAUGUGUCAACCUCCAAAUUCUCCAGAUUUGAAUAUAUUAGACCUUGGCUUUUUUAAUGCUAUUCAGAGUUUACAACACAAAGAAGCACCUAAGAACAUGGAAGAGCUUAUAGCAGCCGUCGAGAAAGCAUUUGAUAAUUAUCCGGCAAAGAGGUCGAACCACAUAUUUCUAACACUACAAUCAGUAAUGAUAGAAAUUUUGCGAGUUGAAGGUGGACAAAAGUAUCGUACUCCACAUAUGAAAAAGUUGUCAUUGGAAAGGAUUGGUCAACUACCAUCUCAGUUGAAGUGUGAUCCUCAAUUAGUUGAAGCGGCUCGAACCUAUUUGGCCUUGGGAUAG